UAAGUAUGUGGACUAAACUUACUUUAGUUGUGUUCAUUGCUUUGCAGUUGUUUUUUACAUCUACACAAGGGGCAGAGGUAAAUCGAAAAUUAAAGCCUGAAUAUCGAGGAUGGGAUGGAGAAAAAGAAAUAGCAUAUUAUUUAGUAACAAUGAAUAAGAUUAACAAAAUAUUUAAUGAAGGAAAGAUUGACGAAGAUACCUUAAAAAAGCAGACCAAUUACUGUGGUGAUUCCCACUGGGGAAAAGAUGAUGCUGCAAUAAGUAAAACUCUUCGACAUCUUUUGGCAAAACCUACUGAAAAGAUCACCAAACAUAGGAUGGAUACACAUAUAUUUUCCAGCUGGAAGCUUUACGACUUUCCCGCACUUCAUAACUUUACUUACUGUAUGGAAAAUGGACUUCGUGAUAAAUUGAAAUAGAUCCAGUACUGUUAGAAAUCUAUAUUUAUUUUCUCAUUGAAUAAAUAUUAUGAAACCCCAACUUA